UCACUACUACACGCUAUCUAGUAUUACGUGUCUUUUCAUGUGUAAAUGGCGUUUAACAUAUUUUCCAGACUCACUGCGUUGACUUGGAGAGUGAAAUCCUAUCCGACUGCUUUUACUGCUCUGAGCUCCAGCUGCAGGUUGACGGUGGAUCAUGACCGACACAACCAGCGGUUCAGUGUCUCUCCGGACAGCGGGGCUGGUGCCGAUGAAUGUGCGGUGCUGCGGUACAAAUUCACAGGGGAGAAGGAGGUGGACUUAAUGUCAACAUAUGUGCCAGAGUCAUUCAGGGGCCAGGGUAUUGCUGCACUGCUGUCACAGGCCGCUCUGAACUUCCUGGUUGAAGAAAACCUCAAGGCUCAUGUCUCUUGUUGGUACAUCAAGAAAUACAUUGAUGAAAAUCCACAUAAAGGUUUUAAAGAUCUCAUCAUCACUUGACUGUAGCCUGUUUGUCCAGCAUGCUACCUCAAGUCACUGUACAUUUCUCCAGAGGUUAAAUGGAUGAUUAAAAGCACAAUGCACUUGAUUUGCAGAAUGUGCACCAUCCAAAAAGUUAUGAAUGAUGAUUGUUGAAAGGAUUUGUUUGUAAUUCAUAGACUGAAAUGCUGAUUUGUUGAAUGGGUUUGUUUGUAAUUCAUAGACUGAAGUGCUGAAUCACAACAAUUGAGAAUAAGUGCAGUAAAAUUAGUAUUAUUUUUAAAGAUUCACAAUUGAAUGCUGAAUAAAUGUGAGUAAAGAUAGAUACUCAUCAGUGUUUGAAGAUGAAGUGGCUGCAUGAUUUUCAUUCAGAUUUCUUUUAUCAACCUGAACCUGAAGUAAAUUGGUGCUUAUUUUUUAUACCAGAUUGCAUUUUUUAAAAUCCUGAUCUGUCUGGUAUCAGUUAUGUUGUAAUUUGUAUUAUUGUAUGUUGGGACAUUGAAAUAUUUAUGAUGCCAUAAUGUUUGGAAAUUGAUAUUGUAAUAUUAUACCAGUAUAAUCUGUAUAUUUUUCUUGCUAAAAAUGUAUUUUUUGAUAAUUAAAACAAUCUUUUCUUCUGCGUAUA